AUGGAUCCCGAAUACUCCGAAGAAUACGACCAGAAACCCCUCCUGUUCAAACUAUUCGAAGACUGGGACACUGAAGAAGUAAUCCAAGGCAAGAAAAGACUUGAAGCGCUGGUCAACGGCGAUGUGAACCCCCGCGACGCAGCUAUAGAAUUCAACACGGUCAUCGUGCAAGAAGCCUACCGGAGAAAGGAAGAGCUUCUGAAACGCCCAGAUCCUCGAAAUCUCACCCCGGAAGAAGAGGAGCAUGGCAUUCCGAGCAUGCGUGCGAUCGCACCGAAUCCAAGCGGGGAUCUUGAAGAGCUUAUCCAGUGGAUUGCGCGGUUGUGCUCUGCUUUUCCGCCAUACCAUCCGGGGCAGGAUCGAAUUAUUAAGUUUCUAGAGGUGCUGCGCGACCUGCCGAGGCGGGAGGUACCAGAUGGUGUUCCACCGGAGGAUGGUUCGGAAGAGCCCUAUCCUACGAUGACGUUCUGGGAGUUUGAGAGUUGGGGGUGGUUAGCGGAGAUUUUCCGUGUUGAGGAAUCAGCAUGCCAGCCGCCCCUCCGCUGGCGCAACUGGCAAAGCAGCAUCGCCCGCCUAGCAACCCUCAACCUAAUCAAGUGCGACUUCCUCUGCUCCCUAGAACAUCUCCUCCCCUCCAGCCGUGAAUACCCCGACCUCGUCAAGCGCCCCAUCGACGGGCCCAACAAAAUCGGGAACUACCUCAUCGGCGCUGCCCAGUGGAUUAUAUACCCGGAUGAGGGCCGGUAUGUCUACGAACAGUGUAAGGAGUGUGAAAAGGUCCCUGGGUUGAGUCCGCGGGAGAUGUGGAGUAUGGAGCGGUGGAGAGAGUGGAAGGCGCAGUUUGGGUUUGUUGCUGGGGACGAGAGGUUUCAGGGGAAGUUUCGGGAGGUGGCGAGGUUGGCGUUUGAGAAGAUGGGGGAGUAUGAGCGUUGUUAG